UCCAACGCGCGCGCACACUAACCACCCCACCCCCAUAUUUGGACGGCGCAUACAAAGCUAAAAACGAAGUACAGUGCAACGCCAUAAUUCACUAAUACAUCAUAAAUCGUUGAAAGUACCCGCGUUAUAACGACCACAGAGAAAUCUGACAAAGCGCGCGCCCCUCACCUCUCAGCUGUUAGCCUGCAACUCCUUAAAACAACUAAAUGAGCUCUUUCUUUGUAAACUCGUUCUCGGGGCGCUACCCAAAUGGCCCCGACUAUCAGCUGCUAAGUUAUGGAGCCAGCAGCGGUGCCAUGAACAGCGGGACGUACAGGAACUCUUCCUCUGCCACCAUGCACCAUGCCACGGGCUCCUAUGGCUACACUUACAACGGCAUGGAUCUGACCGUGACCAACCGUGGAGGGGGGGCAGGAAACCCAGCAAACACUGGAGGACACUACGGGGGAGGCCCGGUUGUCGAGGACCCCCGGGGCUUUGGUUCCCUGGCCUCGGAGAGGAGCUUCAGACAGCCGUCCAGCUGCUCCCUCGCUUCCGCGGCGAAUUUACUCCUGUCACCCGGUAAUGAGGGAAGCAAACUGGGAGCGCAGAGGUCUUCUCCCCACCCGGAGCAAGGAGGAAGCAGCAAUCUCAGCUCUCCAAACCUUUCAUCGUCCUCGUCUAGUGCUACCGGCGGAACGGCGCAGUGCUUCACGGAACUGGACGAUGCCUCGCGAGAGGCCGAGGAGCUGCAGCGCAACCGGAGCGCCGGACAUGGGAGUAACCCGCCACCUUCAACGGGGAGUUCUCAGCCUGUUCACAAGGAGGAGGACGUCCCGGCGGGAUCCGCCGCUGGCUGCAGGAACAACGAGUCUCAGACACCACAGAUUUUCCCUUGGAUGAGAAAGCUGCACAUUAGCCAUGAUAUGACCGGCCCCGACGGGAAAAGAGCGCGAACAGCGUACACGCGCUACCAGACACUUGAGCUGGAGAAAGAGUUCCACUUCAACCGGUACCUCACGCGGCGACGUCGGAUCGAGAUCGCACACGCGCUCUGUCUCACGGAGCGGCAGAUCAAGAUCUGGUUCCAGAACCGAAGGAUGAAGUGGAAAAAGGACAAUAAAGUGAAAAGCAUGAACCUGGCAUCCACCACGAGCGCCUUCCAACCGUAGAAAUUAAAACAUUAUGUGGAAAAGAAAAGAAGCCGUCCAUCUCACCACCAGGCAGCGCGUGGGAAGGAAAAAAAAUAUGGAAACUUGAAGAAAAAGACAGAAAACACCAAAAGAGGCCAACAUGAAGUGGAGGAGAAGACUAUGAUGAAGAAACAUGCCCCCGACAGAUUCUAUAUUUAAAGUCAUAUUCCCAGCUGUACUGUACAGCAACGCAGCACUUUUAUUUCUAUGUUGGUCUUUGGUGUUUCGGUGCAACAGAAACAGGACUGUGGUACUUACGCACACACACACACACACACACACACACACACACAC